GACAUCUUCACAUUUCUUACAUUCUUUUUGCUUGUCAAAAUGUAAUUUUUGUUAUAAUAAUUAUAACUAUGUAAAUUGAUAGAUUUAUACAUGCGUGUUUUGCCGGUGAAGAAAUUUUGAACGUUUUCAACAACCGCUACCGGAAAAACGACAUAGAUAAGAAUUGAAACAACGGAAAGUAUAUUCAAGUUUCGUUAUGCUGGCAAACGGAUUGCGUAUUUCUUGCAAACGGGAAACAAAUUUCUCAAUAAUGUGUGUUCAAUAACAGCCCCUCCAGGGAUCAAGUAAGCUUUAAAUGGAGGCACAGUACUCUUGGCGGAAAUAUUAAAGUUCUACUUUGUGUUCUGUACGUUCAUCUUGUAGCCGACUCUUCCUGGGGAAGAAAGUAUUGAGGAGCAAUGUUCGGAAUACAUUCUCGAAGAGGAGCACUUAUAGUGUUUGAAGGCUGUGAUAGGGCAGGCAAAUCAACUCAGUGCAAGAAACUUGUGGAGGCUCUCCACCAGAAAAAUAUCGAAGCCGAAUACAUGAGCUUUCCAGAUCGUACUACUGCAGUUGGACAGUUAAUAAAUGAUUAUUUGAUGAAAAAUAUUGAUCUGACAGAUAAUGCUAUUCACCUUCUCUUUUCUGCAAAUAGAUGGGAGAUGGAACCCAAGAUGAAGUCACUCAUUAGUAAGGGUGUUACACUGGUUGUGGACAGGUAUGCAUACUCAGGAAUUGCAUUUUCAGCAGCCAAAAAGGGCAUGGAUCUGGAAUGGUGUAAGAAGGCUGAAACAGGACUUCCAAAGCCAGAUGUCGUUUUUUUCCUCUCAUUAAGUCCUGAAGUCCUUUCAAAGAGAGGUGGGUUUGGAACUGAAAGAUACGAAGUGACUGAAAUACAAAAGGAAGUGAGAAACAAUUUUUUGAAGCUGGCAGAUGACUCCUGGAAGGUCAUCAAUGCAGACCAGGAAGUUGAUGUAUUACAUCAAGAUAUUCUGUCACAUGCUUUGUCAGUCAUAAAAAAUGCAGAAUCUAAACCUUUGGGUUACCUUUGGUAGAUCUGAGUUGGAAUAAACUGUACAUUAUUGCUAUCUGGAUUGGUGAUGUUAUAAAGAUAAAAUAUAUCUGUGAUGGAACUGUGAA